AUGGCGCUGCAAGAGAAGCUACAGAAAGAGCUCGAUGCCGAAUGCGCCGAUUCAAACCGUAUCCCAGGCGCAAUCUUGUUUCUGGCCGACCGAAAGGGCGACACGCUAGCCCACGUCGCCAGUGGAGUGCGCUCCGUCGAGACAAAAGAGCCCAUGGCAGCCGACCAGCUGCACUGGAUCGCUUCGUGCACCAAGCUCAUCACGGCUAUCGCCUGCAUGCAGCUCGUGGAGCAGGGCAAGCUCAAGCUUGACGAGCCCGUCGAAUCCAUCGUGCCUGAGCUGGGCCAAGCCAUGGUUGAUGAUGGCAGUGGCCAGCUGCGAGAGCCAAAGACAAAGGUGACCCUCACACACCUCCUCACGCACACGGCGGGUCAGAGCUACGAAUUCUUCAACCCGCAGACGUGUGACUACUUUAAGAAGAUUGGCGCAAAGCCAUUCAGCUCCUCAAAGAAAACAAUCACGGCGCCCCUCGUCUCUGAGCCGGGCACAAAGUGGGAGUACGGCACGAGCAUUGACUGGGUUUCGCAGAUCAUCGAGCGCGUCAGUGGCACAGACCUUGACUCGUACUUCAAAAAGCACAUCUUCGAGCCACUGGGCAUCAAGUCGAUGACGACCAAGCCCGAGACGGGUAUCGCCGGAGGUGUCAAAGCGAGGCUUGCCGGGUUGCAUCAGCGCGGCAAGGACGGAAACAUAAGUGCGACUCCGCAUCUCAUUCAGCUCGAUGAGUCCAAGAUCGAGGUGCAGUACGGUGGGGCGGGCCUCUUUGCCAACGCGGCAGAGUACUGCCAGGUCUUGAUCGCGCUUCUCAACCACGGAACGCACCCAAAGACCAAGGCUCAGAUUCUCAAGCCCACCUCGGUCGAUGAGCUUUUCAAAAACCGCUUACCCGAGAAUUUGGUGGCGGAUCUCGACAGGCCGUUCGAAGCUGCCAUACCCGAGAUCAGCAACAGGUUUAUCAGCCUGGAGGGCAUAGCCAAGCAGUGGUCAUACGGUGGUCAGACUACGCCUGAGGGGGUGGCGAACGGACGAAGCAGCAAGUCGGCGUGGUGGGCCGGAAUUGCCAACCACUACUGGUUCAUGGACAUGGAGACCGGUGUCUGCGGCAUGAUCCAGUGCCAGAUCCUUCCCUUCUUUGACCCUUACGUCGUCCCGUGA